AUGGAAAGGGAAGAGUUGAGGAGCCCGUUAUUAAAUAUUUGUUCCCCAUAUAUCCAUGCCGACCAUGCAGCCAGUCACAUUGGGAAAGCACAAGGCAUUGUCACCUGUUUAAGAGCAACUCCUUAUCAUAGUAAAAGACAAAAGGUCUUUCUUCCUAUGGACAUUUGUAUGUUGCAUGGAGUUUCGCAAGAAGAUUUCAUAAGAGCUAAUCAAGAGAAAAAUCUGAGAGAUGUAAUUUACAACAUUGCCAGCCAGGCGCACGUUCAUCUAGAACAUGCUAGGUCCUUCAGUAAAAAUGUUCCUGGCAAAGCAUUUCCUGCCUUUCUCUAUACAGUUACUUUAUAGAGACUU